UCAAUAUUCAUUGUAGAAUGUUCUACUGAUCAGCAUUGAUUUGAUAGUGUUCUGUCUAAGGGCUCGUGUCACUUAAUAAAUUCAGUCCAGUGUAGAAUUUGUGAAGUAGGUGCUUUUAAAACUAAUAAGAGUGUUAAUUGCGUCGUGUUGUAAUAGUCCACUAAACUAAAGACAACAUGAGUAAACUGUGCAGACAGGUAUCCAUUGAGUCCCCGGGAGGUGCAUCACAAGAUUGUGUAUUCAGUUUCCGGGUUCCCAUGCCAGAGGUGCCUCUUUUUGGGGCAAGGAUUAAAGUUGCCUAUGCUGGUGCUUGUUAUAGAGCCCACCGUACAAGAUCUGCAUCAGUCUGCAGCACAUCAUCUAUGUCCUCUGUUGGGAGUCUUUCUGGAGAGUUAGAAGGUUAUGGUGGUCAUCCCAUAACAUCAUCUACUGUUGGUUUCCGUGAUGGGGCUCUCUUCCCUGGUUAUGAAGUAGCUGGUGUUGUAGAUGCCAUUGGGAAAGCCGCAGAAUGCACUGAAGGGAUUCUAGUAGGAUCAAGGGUUGUUUUGUAUCCAUAUGAAGGUGUACCCAAUGGUUAUGCAGAUUACAUUGUGGUGCCAGAUUUUAAAUGUCUGGUUCUAGUACCAGAUUGUUUGCCUUUGAGGAUCGCUGCAAUGCUCCCGACAGGUGCAUUACUUGCAACUAAUACUGUGUACACUGCAAGUGAUUGUUUGAAUAAAAUCCUUGACGGACCUGAUAAGAAAGAUAAAGCAACUAUUUUAGUUGUCGGGACUGGUGGCUUAGCACUUUGGGCUUUACGUUUGGCAGCACAUUACUUUUCUCAUAGCUCUUAUCGCAACAAAAUCACUAUAUCAGUAGCAACACUUAAAGAUGAGGGGUUCAUUCUUGCAAAAGAGAGCAACAAAAUCAAAGUUGUGCAGUGGUCAGAAGAUCUUUAUGAAAAGCAAUUAAUUGAACGCACAACAGAUGCGUGUGGUGGCCCAGUUGAUAUUGUUCUUAAUUUUGGAACAACAUCACGUUCACUGCAUAGAUCGCUUCAAUGUUUGGUUCCAAACGGCGUGGUUCUUAUCACUGAAGAUGUUGGAGAGAAGCUACUGCCGAAAUUCGCCAAGAAAGCUGAAGAAAUGAACAAGCACAUCGUUGUUGUGCCAGAUGGAUCUAUUGAGCAAUUGAAAGAUUUGAUUCAAUUGGUUGCAAAUGGCGAGGUUGAACCUCCGCCACACACAGUUUUUCCUGCUGAAGAAGCUCCAGAAGUCGUUCGCAAGCUCUGCAAUUCUGAAAUACAUGGGCGAGCCAUCCUGAAGUUCCACGACAUUGAUUAGAGCUUCUAUAGCUCGAAUCAAAAAAUACAAAAAAAAAACAACGAAGAUCUUAAUCAUGUCAUUUUAUAAAAAGAAAUACGCCGCUAUAUGGCUGUUUAAAAUGAUUGGUGAUAUGAAUAUUAAUUUGAAGUGCCAUAAAUUCAAUUUAUUUAGCUUACACGCUGCAAAUAUUAAUUUAAAGCAAUGAUUCGAUCUCAGAUUCGACGUGAAGAUAAAAAUUGUUAGGCCCGGACUUCACCAAAGCGGAGAUACAAGGGGAGAGGAUAUGUGUAUUAAACGGUUGUUUAGAACGAAGUUUUAUUGGUUAAUAAAACUUCACACAUUUCUCGUCUUCAGUACAUGUAUGUAUGGCGCGAUCGAAUACCAUAGAUACAUGUGCGAGGACGUCGCACAGCUUCGCUUUGGUGGAGUGCAGGCCUUAUUAUAAUUUUAUAUGAGUAGGUAUUAGAAUACUUCAAAAGAUUUUGUAUUGAGAAAUUUUGUAUUCAAUAUAUACAAAGUUUUAAUUGUGAUAAUAUUAUUGUUACAGUUCUUAAAACGUACAAUAAUGAAUAAAAUUUACCAGUAAUGGUAGACGUUGUUUCGAUUGGACAAUCAAUUAAAUAUAACUUCAAGGAUAACAACGUUCUAUAAAUAUCUUAUCGUUUUUGUUUUGUCUGCAUACACAAUGCGUGUUGAUGUUAAAUUGCAGACCUGACUCAUUUUGUUUACAUUUUACUUAUCUGGUUUAUCUGGGUUUUUAUGCGUGCUGCAUAUUUUGUAGUUGUAUUUUAAAUAUACUAUAAGAUAUGAUUGGCGAUUACAAUGUCUUGUAAGUGUUAGUCGUAUAUUUUCGUUAUUUUCAUAUUUCAUUACGAUCGAAGGAAACAAAUACGGUUUUGUUUCCUUACGUUUAAUUUUAAGUUUUAUUAUUUUUAAUAACAUACAAUAAAAAUAAUCAUGAAAUGUAAGUCUGCCUCUUGAUAGUAACAAUUUUUCUGAAUUUCUUUCAUUACAGCAGUAUUUGUAGCCGCCUAUAGUUUACGAAAAUUAUUAUGUAAGUACUUGAGUAUAUUAUUUCUUCAAACAUUACUGAUUGGUAAUGCAAUGAGACUUAUGUACACCUUUUUAUUAAUCUAUCUAGUCACGUUUACAAUGUUUACAAUACAGUAAUCACAAAAAGACGUUAUUUUUAUUGUAUUUAGUCUUAAGACAAAAAAAAAUUUAGGUGCCUAAGCAUCAUAAUCAUGUAACCUUUUUCUAUUUUACAAAUAAACAUACAUACGUAAAA